AGGGAGGUAACACUCGUUGAUUAGGUUGAUAAUGCCUCUCGAGAGGGGUGGCUAUUCGUGAAGAAAAAAAGAGAAAACAGUAAACAAAAGAGGAGACAAUUGUCAUGCAAGAACGGGGACAACGGCGAGCGCCGGUCAGCUGCGACCGGCCCGGCCGAUCGCCGACGUUGUUGAAAAACCGCGGCGCGGUCUGAUCGGCGUGACUGUCAAGUGACUGACAGUCCGUCCGCCUAACCUAACCCGCGUGAGCGCCAAGGACGGAAAAAGUUUCUCCGGGCGGCGUGAAAAAUGUGAUUUCUCGCGCCUCGUGUCUCGCGUUUACGCGAGGACCGGAUAGGCAGGGAGUGGACGAGAGAUGGAGAACUACUCUGUGCGGAUCAAUUAUCCGCAGACCGCCCGUGGGGAUGCCGAGGAGUCGCCCGUGCCCCAGGGCCCCCAGGAUGCCCAGCCGAAGCAGCAGCACGCGGAUCACGUCAGGAAAAGGGAGGACGUGAUCGUUCUGACGAGCGACACGAAGGGCGGUCUGUUCAAUCCCCGAGCCCUCCUCUUUCUCACCCUGUGGUACGUCUUCAGCGGGUGUACUCUGUUUCUAAACAAAUACAUACUGUCCUACAUGGAAGGUGAUCCCACCAUCCUGGGUGCUUGCCAAAUGUUGAUGACCGCAAUAUGCGGAUUGAUACAAAUGUACUUUCCCUGUGGUAUGUACAAAGCUAGUUCGAGAUUGAUGAGACCGCCAGGAUUUUACAAGCACAUGACACUGGUAGGCUGCACAAGGUUCGCCACAGUAGUCUUAGGUCUAGUAUCGUUAAAUUAUGUAGCUGUAAGUUUCACAGAAACCAUAAAGAGUAGCGCACCUCUUUUCACCGUCCUCAUCAGCAGGUAUUUAUUAGGGGAACAUACAGGAUUAUAUGUAAAUCUAUCUUUAAUACCUGUAAUGGGUGGACUGGCACUGUGUUCGAUCAAUGAAAUUAGUUUUGAUCUUAGAGGGUUUAUCGCCGCUAUGGCCACAAACGUAACCGAGUGCUUGCAGAACGUUUACUCGAAAAUGUUGAUCAGCGGUGAUAAUUUUAAAUAUACACCAGCAGAACUGCAAUUUUAUACCAGUCUAGCGUCAAUUGUGGUACAAAUACCGGUGUCGAUAUUGUUGGUCGAUCUACCUACCCUGGAGCAUUCCAUGAGCUUUAAAUUAUUUGCGGCAUUCCUUCUCAACGGAGUAUUCUUUCACUUUCAAAGUAUUACCGCGUAUGUACUUAUGGAUUAUAUCAGUCCCGUUACACAUAGUGUCGCCAAUACCGCAAAGAGAGCUUUCUUAAUAUGGCUCUCCGUUCUGCUGUUUAACAAUCCCGUAACGGGAUUAUCGGCGCUCGGCACUUCCUCCGUCAUCGUGGGAGUGUUGCUGUACAAUCGGGCACAGGAAUACGAUAGGAUAAAUAGAACGAAGUUACGAUAUUCGUCGAAGAUCAAUUUGCAGUAGGACAAUUUUUUCAGUCUACAAUGAUUCGUGCGUACGGGAGGAGAAACAUGUGUCGCUGCAUCAAACAUAUUGCAUUGGCAGUACAAACAAUAUCCCGUUUUAUACAGCAGUAUUCUGUUCAGUGGGACGCAAGACAGUACAUGUUUGUAGAAUUAAGACGAAGUACAAUCAAUGGAAAUCAUGUUAUGUUGAAUUUUAGUGAUUGCCAGUGAAUUUUUGUGAUCUGUUAAAAGCAAUUAGUUUUUUUUUUUCGUUCGCAAUCUGUAAUAUAUAACAUUAAUUAGUUAUCACUACGAAAUAGAAACAAUUUAUAUUGUUUCCAAACUUGCAUACAUCUAUUUACACGUUCAGAAACAUCUGACAGGUAUGAUAAGCAAAAAAAAUCAGGACAAGUGAUUACGUGUGUCAAAAAGCAUCUGAUUAUUGCUGUAUUAUACAAGUGUUCCUAAUGUAAAUGUGAGAACUGUGGGAAUGUAUAAAAGAGUUUUAUAAAAAUAAACUUUCUUUAUAUACCUACUGA